ACUCCAGGCAGAGGUGGGUCUCAGAGCUCGGAUUCGGAUUCUUCUGCCACACCAGGAAAUGCCGUGGACGUGAACAACGAAGGCUCCUCCGAGGGCUUUAUUUGUCCUCUCUGUAUGAAGUCUCAUGGAUCAGCUGAGGAGCUGUUCAAGCACUAUGAAGCAGUUCAUAAUUCUGGCAUUGAUUCAACUCAUGGAGGGGAAGGUCAUCUGUCACCGGAAAGAGAUGAAGUAUCACUGCUCCGACAAGAAGUCCAAGAUUUGCAAGCUUCGCUAAAGGAGGAGAGGUGGUAUUCAGAAGAGCUGAAGAAAGAACUAGAGAAAUUGCAGGGGCAGCGGCAGCAAGAUUCUAAGUCUGAUGGAUUGACAACGGCUACGUCUACAGAAUCAUUAGAACGGCAACUAGAAGAGAUCCAAGUAGAAAAUUUUAACAUUAAGCAAAUGAAAGACUUAUUUGAGCAAAAAGCAGCACAACUGGCCACUGAAAUUGUGGAUCUUAAAUCAAAGUAUGAUGAAGAAAUCAGCCUUCGGGAAGGUGCAGAACAGAAAGUGACAAACCUGACACAAGAACUGCAGAAGGAGAGGAGUACAGUGGAAGACUUAAAGACAGAGCUGCUACAAAGGCCUGGUAUGGAAGAUGUGGCUGUUCUGAAAAAGGAGCUGGUCCAAGUUCAGACGCUGAUGGAUAAAAUGACACUGGAACGUGAGAGAGAAUCUGAAAAGCUGAAAGACGAGUGCAAGCACUUGCAGGCAGAGCAGGCUAACUCGGAGGCUACCAUUAACCAGUUAAGAGCUGAACUUGCCAAAGGACCUCAGGAGGUAGCUGUAUAUGUUCAGGAGCUGCAAAAACUUCAAAGUUCAGUCAAAGAGCUAGAACAGAAAAACCAGAGUCUGACUGAGAAGCUGCUGAAGAAAGAACAGGACUACACCCAGCUAGAAGAAAAACACAAUGAAGUAUCUGUGAGUAAGAAGAACGUGCAGGCAAGCUUUCACCAGAAAGACCUGGACUGCCAACAGCUUCAGGCAAAGCUGUCUGCAUCUGAAGCCUCGAUACAGAGAUUACAGACAGAGCUAGCUGAGAGGGGGGAAGCAAGCCAGAAACUUAAAGAAGAGUUGUCCGAAGUAGAAACAAAGUACCAGCAUCUCAAGGCAGAAUGUAAACAGCUCCAGCAGCAGAGGGAGGAAAAAGAGCAGCAUGGCCUGCAACUCCAAAGUGAGCUCAGUCAG